UACAAAUUCUUGGAAGAAUAUAACAGAAAACAGGAGGGAUCUUCAUAAGAGACUUCAGUCUACAUAUUGCUAGAUUUAUUUAACUCCAUCCUCCUCUCCCAUUGUUCUCUCUCCCAUGGAAGUUGCAGGAAAUCAGAAUGCCAUCUAUCCAGCUGCCAGUGCUACUCCUUUGCCUGACCUUGUCUGGUGUUUGCCUCAACGGCAGGCAGUCCCCUCCAGAAGUAAGUGAAAAAAUGGGAAGAAGUUCCCUGGAUGACAUCCUGCAGAGAUCUGGGAGCCACAUGUUUCAAUUUGUCAUCAAGAAAGUUGAGAAGAAAGAAGAUAUGAAUAAAGAAUUAAAUGUGCCUCUGCCACAAUGGCUUUCCAAAAGACAACAUCCUGGAAAAAGAUACAUAAGUGACCUAGAAAAGAGACAGCAUCCUGGAAAAAGAGAUGCUGAAGAAGAGGCAUCUUUUGGAGACAUUCAGAAAAGACAGAAUUUAGGGAAAACAGAAGUAGAAGGCUACCCUGCCAACUACCUGGAGCUGACAAAGCGACAGCAUCCUGGCAGAAGGUCACUGUGGGACCAAUCCACUGACAUCUCUAGUUCACUAACUUACUUAAAUGAGUUAUCCAAGAGGCAGCAUCCAGGCAGAAGACAUCUGAUGUAUAAGCACCAGCUUCCUAGCAAGAGAGGCCGGAAUGAUGAGCUAGACCUAGGUGAUCAAAACUGGGAGAAACACCAGCGCUUUGGAAAAAGGGACAGGGAUUCUGACAGCUCAGAUUACGCGGGUCCCUGUGACCUUCAGCAGUCUGCCAUUUGUAACAAAGGUAGCUUGUUGCUUGACUUAGCAGAAAAAUUUAGUAAAGAGAGUUUAGAAGAAAAACGUCAGCACCCAGGAAGGAGGUCAGCACGGGAGAAGGAAACAGAGGAAUGAGAAAGUCAUUGUUUAUCAUUUGAAUAUGGUGAAGUAAAAUGACAGAACGCUAAAAAAUUAUGUUUAUUCCCUUCUGGCUUCCUGCUGCUGACCUCCAAGCCUAUCUUUCAGUGAGUAAGUGUCCUCAUUUAAACCAAUGGUUUUGUCACACACCUGAAGUAAAGGAACUGGGAAGCACUCAGCUGAAUGGCCUAGGUGAGUAGUGAGUUUUCACCUCCCUCACUCUGUGAAAUUAAGAGUAGCCAGUUCAUUUAUGGGCUUAGCCUAUCUAUUCAUGUUAUGUGUGAACUACCACAGGCUCUAUAAUAUCUGUUCUGAUGUUACUACAGUAAUUACAUUGUUUCCUCUCAUGUCAAUGAAAUCAGUACAUGAUUGGGGAAAAAAAGAACAUAUGCAAAAGAUUUCAAAAUGAAACGGAGUGGGUUUUCAAUUCUAAAUGAUACGUUAAUGAGACCUUAGGCAUUACAAUCUAUCCAAACAAUAAGAACUGAACAGAUAAGGAGACUGCUCUAACUGCAACAGAUAAGAUGACUGGCUUCAUACUUUGACUUGGAACUGAAAAAAACAAAAGCGCCAUAUAGGAAGCUGCAAAGUGCAAAGGGUUAAUGCAUCCCAGAGCAACUCAAUCUCCCAGUUGUGACUUUGGCUGUGUACACCUCACCCUGGAGCCCCCAUCCUCAUCUGUUAACAUUUCAGUCAUUCUCCUUGAAAUAUGCCUUCUCCUUAGAUAUGUAAAAUGGAAACAAAAAGAAAAUCCUUUCUUCUGACAGGAUUUCUGAUUUCUCUGCUCUCAAAGGAAUGUUUUCCCUUCUGUGAUGAGACUCACAAAAGUGUUUAUUUGAUAUAAAUGAUUCAAUAAACAUGAGAAGUAAACUCUGUGUCCUUACUGGUUGUGCAAGCAUACUGGAAUAGAGAGAAAAAAAAACAAUCCAAGCUAAGUCAAAAUAAAUAAAUGAACACUAGG